GAUGCGGGUUUCUGGAGUUGGAACUCAACCGAGAGGACACAACACUGAGCUCCUUCUGGAAGCUGCAGUGAAACAACAGUGGCUGAAAAUGGAACGAAAAGUGAGCAGAAUCUCUCUUGUCUCUGAACCCAGCAAAAUAUAUUUUCUGCAAGUAUUCUGGGAAAAAGAACUGAGUACUGGGUUUGCUAUAUCACUCACUGAUGGUCUGUCAGCAUGGACUGGAAAAGUGUCUGAAGUGGAUAUUUCCCGAGAAGCUGAGGACAUGGCAAUGGAAAAGGAGAAGUACAUCGAUGAAUUGAGAAGGGCGCUGGUUUGGGAAGAAGGUUCAGCUGACACGUACAUCUUCGACUUUCGUAAAGAAAGUGGUCAUUUCUUCUACGAGAAGAGCCUGAAAGACGUUUCAUUUCGGCUCGGAUCAGUAGAGCUCCAGGAAGUCUCAAGCCCAGAUGAAGUCAUCAGAGAACUGAUUGGGCAUUGCCUUGAUUGCAUUGCAGAACAACAGUCCAAAAACAAACACCUGCAGAAAGAAAACGAAAGACUCCUAAGUGACUGGAACAAAAUUCAAAAACAGUUGGAAAAAUAUGUGAGCGCCAGAGAAGUGCUAGAGGCCGAUCUGUAUAAUCGAUUUGUUCUGGUGCUAAAUGAAAAGAAAGCCAAAAUUAGAAGCCUACAGAAAUUGAUAAAUGAAGGCCAAGCACCUGAAAAGGACACCCAGAAUGAAAGGGACGUGGUGCCCGAAGUCCGAAAUAGCCCUGAAAGAGAUGAUGUCUAUGAUGAAAGUACGGAUGAGGAAAGUGAAAAUAAGAGCGAGCCCUCUGCAGUAGGUCCAGCCACUUCAAGCAGAGAGGAUUCCAUUGUUCUAAGUCCAGAUGUCCCAGACAUUGCACCAAGUAGAAAGAGGAGACAUCGCAUGCAAAAAAAUGUUGGAACAGAACCUAAGGUGUCUUCUCAAGAACCUCAGCCGCAAGAAAAGAAAAAACCGGAUCCUGCAGUGCCUCAGCCAUCAGGCUCAGAGUUCUUCCCAACAGAAAAUUUAUCUUUGGAAACCCUAAAAAACAGUAGUUCAGAAGAUCUCUUUGAUGAUGUUUAAAGGCAUCAGAAAAGUGAAAGUUGAAAGCCUAAAGUUCCGAGACAACAUUAGGUAUUACACCUACUUUAACUUAUUAUAAAAUUAAAUUACAUUCAGCAAAAUAAUUAAAUGUUUCUUUGGUAAAUACAUUGUUUACCUAUACGUGUUCACGCAAAACUGUUCAGUGUCCAGUACAUAUAUCAUUACACCAGAUUUCUAAGUAUCUUUUCAUUUAGUUGCCGUUUAUUGACAAGUAGGUUGGAAAAUGUCACUUUAGAAAUAAUAACCUGUAACAAAUUUUAGUUUCUACAGUUGUCUUUAAGACAUGAAAGGGACUUUCUGUGAUUUGAAUUCAUCUUUGGCUUUGUAUGGUGAGAUGUUUAAUUUGGGAGUAGAAGGUUGGGGGAAAUUAUGUUGGUCUAUUUUUCAUAUGAACGGCCUUGUUCACUCUGAAAAAUAAAUUUGUUAAAAUUCCAAAAAA